CAUUUUGCGCCAACCUCUGGACCGCCUCGGGACUCGAGGUAUACCAAGUACUAAGAGAUACAAGGGCUGUUAUCAGCGCAAAGAGAAACGAAAGAUAAAUAGGUGAAAGAGAACGGAUAGAGGAAAGCCGAUUGGGAUAGGGCAGAGCAAUACAAGUGUAAAAUACUGAUAUGAUAUGAUAGAUAUAUAUAGACAAGGAGAGAAAGUAGAGUGGGAAUGACAGCAAGGAAUGUGUGAAAAAGUGGUUGUGUGAAUUCAAUAAAAACUAUGAUUGGCGAACGAAAAAACGAUGAAUGAAAAGAACAUGGACAAAUGAGAAAAGAAUAAAGAAGCAACGAGAAACUAGAGAAAAAAAAAAAAUAUGAAAAGUUAGUGAGUUUAAAAAAAAGUAGUGCUUUAAAAGGAGAAUUAGUUGGGACGAUAAAAGAGACGUGUAUCCAACAGAGAAAUCGAAAGGAGGUUAGUAGAGGGUGAUAGCGAGUGAUGCAAAAGGGUAGAAGAAGGGGUAAGGAAAGGGAGAUAAGUAUGCGGAGGAGGUGAGUGAUGCGCAGCAUCCGAGACUUCGGUUUGGAGAAUAUCCUCGACAAGCAUUGUGUCGAGAUUGGACAGUGCUCAUGAACGAAUCUGUCCGUACAGUGGUGAAAAGUGUGCCCUUUUAGGAGCCAGAUCAGUGCCAGGAAGGAGAGGCAUUGACUCCUGGUUCAAGAUAAGAUCUCCUUAAUAAUGUUCGCGGAUCCUAUCGAUGACUUUUUUGCCAAUGUCGUUCCAUCCUCUCAACGCAACGUUUUUUGGCAACUCGAUGUCGAGGUGCAAGCAUCUAUCGAGAUGACGUCUUCUUUUAUCUGCUGACAUAAUUUUGAAGAAUGCAUCACAGGAUGUGGUUGCAGCAGAUUUUUAUCCUGAUGCAGAUGAUUCAUCUAAUUGCUUGGGCCAAUCUUGAAAACACAGGGAUAUCUGAUAGAUUGGAGAAUGUGACACAAACAAUAUCACGAAUCCUUGAUGGUUACGAUAUUCGAUUAAGACCAAAUUUCGGCGAUAUUUCGUUUUCAGGAGAACCUCUGUUAGUUGGGAUGGAUCUUACUAUCGCAAGUUUCGAUGCAAUCUCGGAAGUAAACAUGGAUUAUACGAUAACAAUGUAUUUAAAUCAAUAUUGGAAGGACGAAAGAUUGGCAUUUUCUCAAGAAGAAGAAGUUCUCACUCUUAGUGGAGAUUUUGCGGAAAAGAUUUGGGUUCCAGAUACGUUUUUUGCCAAUGACAAAAAUAGUUUCUUACACGAUGUGACCGAGCGUAAUAAACUCGUUCGGUUGUCCGGAGACGGAUCUGUCACUUAUGGCAUGAGAUUCACGACGACUCUGGCCUGCAUGAUGGAUCUGCACUACUACCCGCUCGAUUCGCAGAACUGCACCGUAGAAAUCGAGAGCUACGGAUACACGGUGUUGGACGUGGUAAUGUAUUGGAAAGAGACUCCAGUCCGUGGUGUCGAAGAAGCGGAACUGCCACAAUUCACGAUAAUCGGUUACGAAACGAAUGAUCGUAAAGAGAAGCUGGCCACUGGCAUAUACCAGAGAUUAUCAUUGAGCUUCAAACUUCAAAGGAAUAUCGGAUACUUCGUUUUCCAGACUUAUUUACCUAGCAUCUUGAUCGUCAUGUUAAGUUGGGUUAGUUUUUGGAUAAAUCACGAAGCAACCAGCGCCAGAGUAGCACUCGGUAUAACAACAGUCCUUACAAUGACCACAAUUUCAACAGGUGUCCGUAGCUCACUGCCACGUAUCAGCUACGUGAAAGCUAUCGACAUUUACUUAGUAAUGUGUUUUGUUUUUGUGUUCGCCGCUCUGUUGGAAUAUGCAGCGGUCAAUUAUACUUAUUGGGGUGCCAGAGCUAAAAAGAAGUCAAAAAAAAAAGAAUCUGAUGAUAAAAAAAUGAUUUCGAAAUCCGGAAGCAAAGCAAAUUCUCCUUUUCCUGGUUCAACGGAAGCAGAUAUAAUAGAGCUUCAAGAUCUCAGGAUGUCUCCCUUACCAAGUAUAAGAAACAGAUCAGGUCUGGUUAGUGGCAGUUCGACGCCUGGAACUGGAAGAGAACAUGAUCCGGCCAAGUUUCCUCCUAGCUUUCGAAUUUCCAGAGUCGCGGCUUAUAAUACUUAUGGGAGAAACGCUGGUCUCAGAUACAGAGGACCUAAACAAAAUAAGCCUAAGGUAUUACAUGCAAUACGAAGAGGAGCAUCUAUAUUGCGUGUAUCAAUGCCUAAGAUAAAAGAUGUGAAUAUUAUCGACAAAUAUUCAAGGAUUAUAUUUCCAGUCAGUUUUAUGCUAUUCAACGCCAUCUAUUGGGUAUUUUAUGUCCUCUGAAUCUCUAAUCAUUAAAGCAAUCUGCCG